UAUUCUGAUUAUCGUGUACAGACAUUUCGCGACCCAGUUUUAUGUUAACGACACAACGCGACGAUCGAUCAAACACGGAAACAGGAUAAUUCCUUAGACACCGAAAACCAUUGUCACAUUAGCCACGCUUUCUUGAAGCUUAAGUUACAAGAGACUUCGUAGUCGCACAGUAUCUUUCGAACUUUUUCAGUGGAUCCUCAUACUUUAACUCCUAAUUAGGAUAAUCAUUCAAAACGUUUAUAAUCAUUCUAGCAUCUCAAGAAAUAAUUUCGAACUCAUUACAAACGAACAAAAUAUAUCGAUGCUGCUUACGAAAGUCCGGUCUCAGCUUGGACUUCGGAACAGAUCCAGUCGAAACAUUCAAAAGGCCGAAAGAAUAAAAGAAAAAUAGCUAUUGUCGCAAAUGAUGACGAAGAGAAGGCUCGACAAUCUAUUCACUCAGAAGUCCGUUAUGACGAGUAUGAAGAAGACAUUCCAAUGCGUUGGACACCAUCGGAGAUCAAACGCCAACCACGAGCCUCCCACCUUGUAAAUCCUAUUUUUGCUUCGUUACAUCUAUCCAAAUUCAGGCUUACACAAGACUGAAUAACAGUAUUUAAUAUAAUUCGUUACACGAACGAAAAAAAAUUCGUUUCAGCUGAGAGAAUCGACGGCGAACCAGCUGAUCCCUGAGAAAAAAAAAGGUAAACGGAUGACCAAAAAAGCCAUGAAGGAACAGGAAAAAAUGCAAGCAGCUGCGAUUUCCGCGGAAGCUGAUAAGAUCAAAAAUCUCCUCAUACAGAAGAUGCAGGAAGAGAUAAAAUUGGAAAUGUAUAAUGCUGAGAGACAAUAUCGAGACGACUCGGAGAAAGCUUCGUUGCGUCGAGUGCAGUUGGAAAACUCUUGGUAUUUAAUAUACGACAAAAAAAAAUCUUUCAUGGACUAUGUACUGGAGGAUAAAGAGGAGGAGGAAUGGUUCCAAUACCUGACUUGUGAUGGUCUACCCGAUCCGAGGGAUCUGCGUGAUUUAAACACUUACAUGUUUCUUUGGAAUUUGGAAGAUGACAAGGCUAAUAUGACUACAGUUGCAAGGAAGUGUGAAGUCGUUACUUAUUUACUGGCUAGAUUGGACGAUAUAAUUAAUUUUUCGAUUGGAAAUGAAUCAAAAUAUAUCCCAGAGUACAAGACGAUAAGACAGCUCUUCAGAGAAAAACUGCAGAAUUGGUUGGAUUUAGCGAGCUAUCGUCUACUGCGACAGAUCGAGAAAGAAAUGAAUAGAGAAGACUUGAGGAAUGCUCGUUACGUCAACGAAGCUAACGAAAUGAUUUGUUGCAUAUGGGCAUUAAUAAGGUUACCUGUAACUAUGAAACAAAUCAGCGAAAGAGACAGGAAAAAUAUAGAAAUAUUUUUUCAAGAACUUGAUCUAACAGUAAAGAUGCCGAUUGACGUGGACUGCUAUUGUAUGGCUAUAAGAGCUUUGUGGCUUCAAUAUGAUCAUUAUUCUGAUCAGGGAACGUCUUUCAAAAUGCCAGACCUACCUGAAGGAUAUCAAACGAACAUUGAUCUUUUAUCAUACUGCCAAAAAGAGUAUGAAGAAAAGCUUCGAAUUCGCGAGGAUCAAGCUGGAGAUCGCAGAUUGAGGUUGGAAGAGAAAAAAAUCGAGUUGGAAAAAUUGAUGAAUCCACCUCUGGUUGUACCUUUAAAACCAGAGAAAAAAAUGAAAACUUCAAAAAAAACACCACCUCCAGUUAUCCCACGGAUAAGAAAACCGGAAUCAGAGUUGGAGUCAGAACCCCUCCCGUAUUUACCGACACCUGAAGAAGUUAUAUUAUUGAGGGAAGAUGAAACGAGAAAAGAAAUGCGAAAACUUUUAUUCACACGGUGCGAAAAGACUGAGGUGAAUUUACGGAAGUACGCUAUUCUCGGCGGUGUUUAUCAUAUCGAUUUGGUUCAUCAGCCACCCCAACCAAAGGAUAUGAGAAGAAAUAUUUUUCUCACUACUUUACAGCUCCCGAAAGCGCUUAAGUUCGUACCGUUCUCGAAACCGUACAAAGCACCACCACCGGCUCCCGACUCUGAAAGAACACCUGAAGUCAUCGAGGCUGAAAUGAAGGCUCUGGAAGCAGCGAUGGAAGCUCUGGCAUUGAUUACUCUCAAAUUACCGGAUACAGUGCUCUGGUUCGAGCCACCUCUUGUAGCUCAUUGGAUACCGGAAAAAAAAAAUUGGUCUACGGAGGACGUACAUGAUAUUAAAUACAAUGAGGAAAAGCAAUCAAUAACUUUUCGUACUGGCAGACUCGGAAUUCAUGGAUUAGCUGCCUACCGUUUUAUUAACUUCCCUUAUCAAAGCUGGGAAAUGAAACCUGAGACAUCUAGGAAUAUUCAACCUUCCCGCGGUAUUAUUCUAAGCAUCACUGCCGCUAUUAUCCAAGUAGAAUUCAUUGUUAGGGAAGAUCUAGUCUGUUUGCAUACAUUGAUUGGAGGAGCGAGUACAGCCCUUCAAGAACUUGUCGGCCAGUUCAUGAAAUUACAUUCCCUCAUACGGAAAAUGAGAGCUGGGGGAUGCGAUCUCUUUCCAGAACGAGAUGCCUUCAGUUACAUCAAGGGGCUCCCAGUCAAACAUACCAUUACAGAAAAACACUUACAGGCUUGUAUGGGGCUUUUGUCAGCUGCUUACAGUUUUUCAUGGUCACGAUGGAAUUGUACUGUGACACCACGUAAUAUUGUCAUCCAAUCAAAAGAAUUACACGGCUGCGUUGCUAAAGAGCGAACAAACAUGAUGCUUUUGGUGACACCUCUACAAACAAGUGCAGUUCGAUGCACGGAAGUGAGCCCGGAGUUUUCUGACCAACCGAUUGAAGAACACGAAUCCAAGUUCUUUGCGGACGUUUAUCAUCUGGCACUCCAUAGCGCAGGGAUCAAAAGUCGCUUACUCAUGAAAACUGUGUCUUUUAAACUAGCUUCUACAGUAUCAAGUUUAUUGGAAGCCACGAACGUAAUUUCUAUGUCCUCAUAAACAUCGUUGGUGAUGCUUGAAAUAGUUUAUGAAAUUGUAUGGUUUUCAAAAUUGUGCAUCUUACGA